AUGCACAUGGUUUGUAAUCGUAUCAAAACCCGCCGCUCAGCAACAUUACUGCGACACAGGUUUUUUGUUAACGGGAACGGGGUGGUUCUAAACCAGAAUAACUAGAACAUACACGAGUCAGACGGUUUUGACUCCUUCCUAACUUAAUCUUAAUGUUUUUCCUCCUCCCAAAUAAGUCGUCGUCAGGAUGUAUGAGAUGGUUUUAAAGCUAGCUGUGUUCGCCUGCGUCACCUCGGUGCUCCGAGCUGGAUACGAAAAUAUCAACCAUUUGGUGGUAUCUCCACAGUCUCCAGUGCUUGAGAUUGGAACCAACUUCACUGCUACAUGUGGGAUCGUUAACACCACUGAAGUCACUGCAGAUGAUCUCUUCUGGAUUUUAUCAAAGACUCUUGUUUCCAAAGAAUAUUAUACUAAGAUCGACUCAUCAACACUGAGUGUCACCGUCCCCAUCACAAGUGAAAAUCCUUCGUGGUUAUUUUGUUUCAGCAACAAGUCGUCUCCCUACGUCUCCCUGAACAAAAGCAGAUUCUAUCAUGGGAUUUGGCUCAAAACAGGGUAUCUUCCAGCGAGACCAAAGAAUCUGACCUGUGUAGCUCAACAGGAUGGCACAUCCACCUUGCGAACAAUCACUUGUGAAUGGGAAGCAGUUGGACGACAAACCACAUACGUCCAAACAACAUAUACAGCAAUAGUUAAAGAAAGAUUGUCGGGUGAGACAAUCAAUGUAUCAACACAUGACAACAAUGUCGUCGUGCCUGUGAAAACUUACCCCCAUUUUAUGCCUCUGGAGAUCUGGGUGGUGGCUCAUAAUCUACUGGGAAAUGUAGAAUCUGAACAUCUGAUAAAUGAUGCCAACUGCUUUGUGAAAACCAACCCUCCAUUGGCUGUGCAAGCCUUUUCAGACACUAAUUUUUCUACAACGCUACUUGUGAGCUGGACGACUCCUAUUGCUAAGGAAUGUAUGGAACUGAAAUAUCGAAUUAGAUUCUGCCCAAAUGGAUCUCAAACUUGGAGCGAUGUGGAUCGUAACGAUACAGUGAAACCAUCAAAUCCCUUCAGACUGCAGAAUCUUCAGCCAGACACAGUUUAUGUCAUUCAGAUAUCCAGCAAAAAUAUAAAUGACUGUGGCUUCUGGAGCAAUUGGAGCUUGAAUAAAACUGCAAGAACUCCAGAGGCUCAACCGUCAAGUAAACCGGAUUUGUGGAAAGCUGCUGAAAGUGACAUUAAUGGAAUGCCACUCAUUCAAAUCAUUUGUAAAGAUCCUGAAUUUGCCAAUGGGAAAAUCAAAGCAUUUAAUUUGAAAGAGAAAAAGGGUGGAAGUUGGGAGGAAGAGCAUUUCCUAGUCAACGCAAAUCAGAGAGGAAAACAUUAUCUCAAAAGGAUUUCCCUGGCUGACAAAAAGUUUGCAAAAGUUUGUGUUACAGCUGUCAAUUCUAUGGGGAAGUCUCCUGAGGCAUGUUUGGCCAUUCCAUCAAAGCCAGUUGACCAUUUACCAAUUAAAGAAAUGAAUAUUUGGCCCCAUAAUGGCCAGCUGUUCCUAGAAUGGAAACACAAUAACACCUCUGUGUCAGAGUAUGUGAUUGAAUGGGUCUAUGAUGGGGGAAUAGACUGGCAGAGAGAGAAAAAAAACACUACACGGACUAUAAUUAAAGGCCCCCUUAAGCCUUUUGUUCGCUACAGUGUGUCAGUUUAUCCACUAUACUCUGGAUGUAUCGGAAAUCCAGCCAGUAAAGAUACCUUUCUGGAACAAGGAGCUCCAUCAGAGGGCCCCUCGAUUAACAAGAGUAACCCAGGAUAUGAUCGGGUUCAUCUGGUGUGGAAUGAGAUUCCUCUGAACUUGAGACGGGGCUUCAUCACUCACUACACUAUAUUCUAUAAAAAGGAGAAAGACAUACAUGCUGUAAAAGUCCCGCCUAAUACCACCUCUUACACCCUGAAGCCACUGCUGGGCAAUACCAAGUAUGAUGUGUGGAUCCAAGCUUCAACCAUCAGUGGCUCAGCAAACAGCUCUCAUCACUCAUUCACCACUCUGAAAUAUGCACCAGGAAUGGUUGAGGGUAUUGUGGUCGGAGUGAGCCUUGGCUUCCUGUUUCUGGUUCUCAUGACCAUUUCUUUAUGCCUCUACAAAAAGGAUGUGAUCAAGGAGAACCUCUGGCCUCAGAUUCCUAACCCUGGUGAAAGCACCAUUGGGACCUGGUCUCUUGAUUAUCCUGUGAAGACUGAGACACCAAAGGAGAACUCUCUAUUUGGCAUCUGUGUGCUUGAUGAUGCUUGUGUGUGUGACGUUAAACAUGGCUGUGAAGAGGACAAGGCCAGUCUCUCCCUGAAGAAGGACAAGUAUCUGUCUGAGGAGCACAGCAGUGGCAUUGGAGGUUCCUCUUGCAUGUCCUCACCUCGCCAGAGUGUGUCUGACAGCGAUGAGGGCGCUGACAUGGCUGACACCACUGCCAGCACCGUUCAGUAUUCCUCUGUUGUGGCCUCCAGCGGUUACAAGGGCCAGACCCCGAGUUCGCAACCGCAGCAUUCCAUUUUUUCCCGGUCAGAGUCCACCCAGCCACUGCUGGACUCUGAGGAGAGCCAGGAUAUGUUAGUGCAAGAGGGCAGCAGACACUUCCAGUUGUCUUUCACUCACGGCACAGAGAACCAAGGGACCGCUGAACGAGACGACUUCAAGCAGAUGCAGUUGGACCAGCAGGACUUCUGCCCUAUUGAUGAGGACGCUGAGUGGGCACCAGCAGACAGCCAGUCAGCUGAUGGAGAACCGGGAUCAGUGUCCAGCUACAUGCCUCAGUUGAAUGGUUACAGACCUCAGUAAGAACACAAUCAUAACUGUGCCUUCCUUUAUCUAAUUUGUUUUUUUUGUUGAAGCCUUUCACGCAGUGACAAAUGACACAUAUUUUGCACUUAAACAGGUCUGCAUAGACUGGGAGACUUAAAACAAGUUGUAAAGUCUAACGUGAGAUCAGACUUGGAGUAGAAUUUGCCCUGUAAAACUCAACGGUCAAGACCAGUUUCGUAGUAAAAUUGCUUAGACUGCCAGUCCUCUCUGUCUUGCUGUAGUGUCAUGAAUGUCACUUUAUGCAGUGGGACAAGCUGUUAUCCUACGGCUGUAGCCCUGUCACACUAUGACAUUUUAAACAACUUAUGCAAAUUUUGUUCAACACGUUGCUGUAAGUUGCACAAGUUAGGUGUAAGUUGUGAAUAUGUUGUCAGAAUGAUGGCCAGACAAUAAAUUUGGACAUGUUCAAAAUUUGUCAGCUUAUGUCGACGUGCUGCUGAUAAGUGAGGCAUAAGUUACAGGUAUGUUUAAAGAUAAUUUAUGCAUCGGUUCACUUAUUUUUCAGGUAAGUUAUUCAUUUGUUAUUCAUAAGUGUAUAUAUACUGUGUGUGUGUAUAUA